UAGGGGACGCCCUUCUCGGGAAUCCUUUCACUUCAUUUCCGCGUUAUUUGCACUGUAUGGUAGCCAGCCGAUCUUCUUGUACUUCUCUGUACAUUACUGACUGUAAGCCAGUUAAGGCGCAGGCUGCUUCGUGUGAUCGUGUGUAUUAAAGUUCACUUAAUCGCAAUUAAGUAUGAGCGAUAUCAAACCCAAAGGCGCUCCAGAGGCCGGAGGAGAGAACAGCGCAGAUGACAAAGACUGGGCAGCGGCUAAGGCUUUUUAUGAUAACUUGAAUACGACUUCAAAGAAGCCCAGACCUCCCAAACCCCAGCAUGCCGUAACCAUCGCAGUAUCAUCACGAACAUUAUUUAAUAUGGUGAAAGAAAGGAAAAUCUACGAAGAAGAAGGGCUAGAAAAAUACGUGGAGCAUCAAGAGCAGCACGAAGAUGAGCCCCUAACGCCGGGAGCAGCUUUUCCAUUUGUGAAGGCUUUAAUGACUGUUAAUUCGCGGUUGCGUGAACUCUACCCUGGUAGCGAAGAGCUGUUUGAUAUUGUUCUCAUGACUAACAACCACGCCCAAGUUGGGGUUCGUCUCAUCAACAGCAUCAAUCAUUAUGAUUUAACAAUUGAAAGGUUCUGUAUGACUGGUGGAAAAAGCCCUAUUGGUUACCUGAAGGCUUAUCUUACCAACCUUUAUCUGUCGAAGGACUCGGAGAAAGUACAAGAGGCGAUUGAAGCAGGCAUCGCCGCUGCUACAAUGUUCACUCCUGAGAAAGAGGUCCAGCUGUGUGACACCCAGCUGCGGGUGGCCUUUGAUGGAGACGCAGUUCUGUUCUCUGACGAAUCAGAGAAGAUUGUAAAGGAGCACGGACUGGACUCUUUCUUUGAGCACGAGAAGGCUUUUGAGAACAAGCCCCUUGCACAGGGUCCUCUGAAAUGUUUUCUGGAAGCACUGGGAAAGCUUCAGCGCAAGUUUUACGAGAAGAACGAACGAAUGAACUGCCCCAUCCGGACCUACCUGGUGACCGCACGGAGCGCGGCCAGCUCGGGGGCCCGGGUACUGAAGACCCUGAGGAGCUGGGGCCUGGAGAUCGAUGAGGCCCUCUUCCUCGCCGGGGCCCCGAAGGGUCCGCUGCUGCAGAAAAUCCGCCCCCACAUUUUCUUCGACGACCAGAUGUUCCACAUCGAGGGCGCCCAGGAGCUGGGGACCAUCGCCGCACAUGUGCCGUAUGGAAUAGGACAGAAGUACCGGAAAAGCAAACUUAUUGAGGAAACACCCAAAAAAUGAAUGAACGCUAACAGCAUCCUGUGCUUGCUUUAGCAGCAGAUUGGUUGAUUUUGCAUCGCAGUCUCUUGGUCUGUGGUGAGGAUGCUGUUCUGUGAUGCUUUCCUAUUGCCAUUACCAUAAGGGAAUGUGUGGCCCAUUAACAGAGGGCAUGACGUCUUGAUUGGUCAAGAUUCAGGACUCUGUUUCUGCUUUCUUCCAAAUUUUAAAGAUCUUUUAAAGAUCUUUUCCCCUUUUUAUAAGAAUCAUAAAUCACGUAUGAUUUGGGGUCUUGUGCUGCCAGCUUUUAUCUGAGUUAUCUUAAACAAGUUGGCGUAAACCAUCAGUGUCUUUCGUAAGGUGCCUUUCCUUCACAAUCAAAGAAAAACCAAAAAUGACCACAUUCCUAGUAAACAUAAGUACAUAUGGGGAAGUUUUGCCCCCAUUCUGUUGUUAACACUGAGAAGAUUUCUUCCAUUUGCUCAUUGUCCCCAUUGCCUGCAAGAAUGAUUUGAGUUUGAGCUGGGUAAGGACCUGAAAGAUCUGGCUGCUUGAUAGACCAAUCUGUGCACACAAUAGGAAGGUACUCCUUUUGGAAACCCACAAAGAUUGUGCUCACCCCAGUAUUCAGCAAGUGUCACACCGAAAAUACCCAAAUACCCUGUAAGAUUUAAGUCAAGGAGUGCAAGUCAGAAUUCUACUAAUUGAACAACUCUCAUUAAACUCAUAUUCACCAGGACCUACUAAGGGUCAAGUGGAUGGGUGAGUAAACCAGUAUCUCAUGAUAUUCAAUAUAUCCAUCCAUUUUCUAACUGCUUCUUCCAAUUUAGGGUUGCAGGAGAGCUGUAGUCUCGGCAAGCAGCCUGCUCAAGGCAGAGUACACCCCAGAUGAGACGCCAGUCCGUCGCAGGACAGACACGGACACGAACACACCACUCACAAAUAAGGCCAAUUCUCUCUGAAGCCAGUUCAUCUACCACAAUGUCUUUGGAAUGUUUAACAUAUGAAAUACUUCAUAUUUACAUUAUUUAUAAGGCAAAUAAACUCUCCCAUUAUUUUCCCGGUGCAAUUCAGAAAUAUUCAUGUUAAAUGCAUUGAUUCAACCUGUUUUAAAAUAUAUAAGGUUUAAAACAAAAUAAAACUUACCCAUUUGAAAACAUACUGAUUGUAUUCUUAUAUUUUAUAGUUCUAAUAUAUCAUAUUCUAUAUAUAAUAGAACAGCGAUAUUUUCCUCUAGACAUUUACAGUACACUUCCUUGAAAGUGACUUAAAAUUAAAACGAUGAGGCAUAUGUAUUUAAUGAAAAAUCUGCAUAAUGAAAAAGUUUUUUUGGCUUAUUACAUACUGUAAAGCAGUAAGAUACUGGGAAAUUAAUAACUGAAUUAGGAUUAACAGCAAACCCAAAUUUAUGAAAAUACAGUAACCCUUUUGUGAAUAGUAGUUUAAACAGGUGACAAUCAUGACCUUCCCAUUGACCAGAUAGAACAUAUUUACUUUAGUGUCGUCAUCUAUCACCCUAGUCAUGUUAUACAAUAUCAGCUAUCCAGCAGUGUGUAAAGCUGUACUGUGUGAAAUUGUUCCUCAAGUGCUAAAUUAGUAGGAUAAUGACUGUUAAACUGUAACUUUUCAAGGGCUGGUUUCACUAAACCUUCUCAGCUCUAACUGUGGAUUACCCUAAUGACAAUUUAGGUGCGUUGGACUAGGGUUGGGGCUAAUCGAAGUCUGAGAAACCAGGCAGAAAUGAUUUAAGAUGCUUGAAAAUUUAAGACGUCCUUAUUUUGUUCGCCUUGAGAUGCACUGACAACAAGAAAAAAAAGCAAAGAGGCACUGUUGUGUGCCAACAUCAUGUUUGAUUGGAAAAUAAUACUUUGAUAACCUUCCCAUCUUUUUUUCAUUUAUGAUCAUUUUAGUUGUGCGCUUCUUUUAAAAGUAUGUUUGUAGUACGGAGUAUUUUAUCGGUUUCAUGGAGACUCCUCAGAAACCUCAUGUUAACUGAAAGAUUUCUGCUUUUUUACAGGGUUGUAUACCGGUGAAUGAAAACAGAUGGAAUUGUAUUACAGAUUGACUGUUUUCUACUGUUUGUUCAUAAUUUGUGCAGUACUUGCAAAGCUGUGUAAAGCACUGGUCUCAAUUUAGGCUAUUAUUGUUUAUGGACACUUUACCCUAAUAUUCAGAUUCAUCAGCAGAAUGAUGUAUAGUAGAAGUAUUAAAGAAGAUUGCUAUAUUUUUGUCUUUCCUCCCUGAAAAACACUUUGUCUUUAUCUUGUGAUAAAUCUGUAAUGCUGGUAUUUUUCUACUUUUCUGAUGUUUACGUCAGUAAAGCAUAUUGCACACAACAUACUGUAAUUUCAGGUUACUAAUAUAAAAGAUUCUAAGGCACUAGAAUAAGUGAACAUGAACUGACCUACAGAUGUGUGUUUUAGUUCAGCAUAUUGUACUUUCAAUACUGUCUGCUUAACCUAUGUAGAGGGAUAUGGGUUUCAGCAAUGUAAGCACAGUAUAAAAUGGUUAACUUGCAUUACGUUGUAUAACAUUUCUUAGACAUAUUUCAUUAAACACGAUUUUGUCAAGUGUUCUAUUCUAUUUUGUUUGUGGUGCAUAUUUAUUAUAGCAUUGCAGGUAAUUGAGGUUAAAGAGCUCUGCAAAAUAUUUUGUGGUGUGAUAAAUCCUUACUCUAUCUUUUUUAUAUUUUAUACUGCAAUAAAGCUGAGCUUAAAAGGUA